AUGGACAGAAUUAGCAGUGCGGGGCUUGAACUAGCAAAUUUGUUGGUGACUUCUCCUCCCCUGCACCAGUCAUGGGACACAGUUCAGAAGCAAAAGCUCCAAACAGCUGCUGAUCCGAAUGCACAAAUGGCCUUCUACAUUAGUGAAACCAAGCACUCAAACACCACCAUCUGUGAGAACACAGAAACAAAAACACCCUUUUCAGCAGAUGCCUCCCAACAGAUGCAUCCCUUCCUUAUACCUAUUGCGAACAGCAAAAAAACCCCAAGUUUCUCCGUCAAUGAAUUGACAAUCAAAUUAUUCGCCUUGAAUCACACCGACCUCCAUCUUCUGCGAACAAAGCUGGUAGAAAGCAGCAAUUCCAACUCAUCGAUACUUAUAACUGGACAGUCUUUUGGAGGCUGUGUAGCUACCCUUUUCACCUUAUGGCUGCUACAAAGCCUCAACUUGUCGAAAGCAAAGCGUCCCCUUUCCAUCACUUACGGUUCACCCUUGACCGGUGACAAACAACUCCGACAAUGUGUGUUGCAAUUCUCAACAUGGAGUUCUUGCUUCUUGAAUGUAGCCUCUAUCAACGAUCCUGUACCUAAAGCCUUCCUAACCGCUUCGCAAGCGAGUGAUUACAAGCCCUUCGGAACAUUCCUAUUGUGCUCCGCUUCGGGUGGUUCUUGCCUUGAGGACCCUGAUGCCAUUUUGCUGGAAUAUUUGAUUUGA